AUGGUCUCGGGUACAUGCUACAGUGAAGAGAACGUGGACGAUGACAUUAAACAUUCCAGAGUCAUUGAAUCGGUAACCAAAGAUGCAAGAGAGCUGCCCGUAGUAGAACUAUUAGAGUACAUGAGAACUCUUAUUGAACGUUGGACUAAUAAAAAGUUAUUGAAUGCAAAGGGUACGUUCACAUACCUUGGGAAAAAAUACAACAAAGAGUUGGAAGAUAACAAGACAUUAUCGCAGAAGAAGAGAGUGAGGGCUUCAAUAGAUUACAUCCAUACUGUGAUAGAUAGUGUGAGGCACUUCAUUGUUUGCCUUCAAAACAAGAGAUGUAGUUGUGGACAAUUCCAACUUGAUGAACUUCCUUGUGCACAUGCUUUGGCGGCUUUGAGGUACAGGAACGAGUCUUAUGAAAACUAUUGUUCUCCUUAUUACACGAGGGAGAGCCUUCUACAGACUUAUGAAAUACCAGUAAGCCCGCUGCCUGACGAAAGAAAAUAG